CACAAAGAAAUAAAUAAUAGAAUAAAAAAAUAAAAAAAAAAGGAAAAGAAGGAAAGAACAUACAACAAAAAAACAAAAGAGAAAGCCGAAAGCUCUUCAUACGCAUAAUAACCUACAAAAAUGGAUCUAUCACCACCACUCUCUCUCUCUAUUUUCUGAUCCUCUUCUUCCUGCGAACGGCAUCGUUUCGUUAGCUUCUUCUUCCUGCCCAGAAUUUUCUGGUUCGAUCGGUAGAUGUUUAGUUCUAAAGUGGUGCAAGAGUAAAAAGAUCAGGACAGUUUUCUUUGUCCUACAGAUGGCUUCUGUGGGUGUAGCACCUACUGGUUUAAGAGAAGCUAGUGGUCAUAAUGCUGGUGUGGAUAAAUUACCUGAGGAGAUGAAUGAAAUGAAAAUUAGGGAUGACAAAGAAAUGGAAGCAACAGUGGUUGAUGGCAAUGGUACAGAGACAGGUCAUAUAAUAGUUACAACAAUCGGUGGUAGGAAUGGCCAGCCAAAGCAGACAAUUAGCUACAUGGCUGAGCGUGUUGUUGGGCAUGGGUCAUUUGGAGUUGUUUUCCAGGCAAAAUGCUUGGAGACUGGUGAAACUGUUGCUAUAAAGAAAGUUCUUCAAGAUAAGAGGUAUAAGAACCGUGAGCUGCAAACCAUGCGGCUUCUUGACCACCCAAAUGUUGUCUCUUUAAAGCACUGCUUCUUUUCAACAACUGAAAAAGAUGAGCUUUAUCUUAAUUUGGUUCUUGAGUAUGUUCCUGAGACUGUGCACCGGGUGAUUAAACACUACAACAAGUUGAAUCAAAGGAUGCCACUGAUAUAUGUCAAACUUUAUGCAUACCAGAUCUUCAGGGCAUUGUCAUAUAUCCAUCGUGCAAUUGGAGUGUGUCAUCGGGACAUCAAACCUCAAAAUCUUUUGGUAAAUCCACAUACUCACCAGGUUAAACUCUGUGAUUUUGGGAGUGCAAAAGUCUUGGUAAAAGGAGAGCCAAAUAUAUCUUAUAUCUGCUCUAGAUAUUAUAGAGCACCGGAGCUAAUAUUCGGGGCAACUGAAUACACAACAGCUAUUGACAUCUGGUCUGCUGGCUGCGUUCUUGCUGAACUACUGCUUGGACAGCCUUUAUUUCCUGGGGAAAGUGGAGUUGACCAGCUUGUUGAGAUCAUCAAGGUUUUGGGGACUCCAACAAGGGAGGAAAUUAAAUGCAUGAACCCAAACUAUACAGAGUACAAAUUUCCUCAGAUUAAAGCUCACCCAUGGCACAAGAUAUUCCACAAGCGUAUGCCUCCAGAAGCUGUUGAUCUCGUUUCAAGACUACUGCAAUACUCUCCUAACCUAAGAUGCUCUGCUCUGGAUGCCUUGACUCAUCCCUUUUUUGAUGAGUUGCGUGACCCAAACACACGCCUGCCAAAUGGACGUUUCCUUCCACCAUUGUUCAACUUUAAAUCUCAUGAAUUGAAGGGCGUAGCAGCUGAGACUUUGGCUAAAUUGAUACCAGAGCAUGCUAGAAAGCAAUGUCCUUUUCUUGGCUUAUGAUUCAAAAUGAAAUGUAGGGCAAAUGUUUGUCUGCAAUGCCUUGACAUGGAAGCUAUGGUGUUUGUCCCCUCUAUCUAUGCUAUGUGGUUCGCUUUCUGUUUCCGUGAUUUUGUUGUAUCACCUUGUUAUUAUGUAAAAGCAGAUUUAGAGACAUGGUUUUUGAUGUUUGUCCAAGCCUCCAUGGGUGGUCUGAUUACUCUAUUCCUGUAUCACAACAUGUUGUAACAUUAUAGCAGACGAAGAUCAAAUAUCCUAUUUCUAGAAGACAUGUAUUUUAUGUUUAAUUGCUCAUUGUGAUUAUUAAUUAUUAUUAUUAUUA